CUCCACUGGGAAUGGCCUAAGAAAAUACCUGCAGCCUUUCUGAAAAAGAAAAAGAAAAUACCUGCACGCACACAGCAACAACACAACACUCCCGUCACUCCAGCAGGCUAGCACUGUCCCCGCCCACCUCGUUGUCGGCACGCGGCAGUCGGCGGCGAGACGGGGACCGCCUUGACGGCGUCGCCAGCCGCCUCGGAGCGCCACAUGCCUCCCGCCCUCGCCGCCACGCUUGCCUCCUGCAACGCCCUCCUCGCGUCGCUCGCGCGCUCCGGCCGCCCCGCGGAGGCGCUCCGCACGCUCCGCGAUAUGCUCGCUCGGGGCGUCGCGCCGGACCACUUCACCCUGCCCCCGGUCCUCCGCUCCUGCGCGCUCACCGGCGCCGCGGGGUUCGCCGCCUCAUCCCACGCGCUCGCCGUGAAGCUCGGCGCGCAGGACAACCUCUUCGUCGCGUCCGCGCUGGUGCUCUGCUACGCGGGCCUGUCGAACCUCGCCGACGCGCGGAGGCUGUUUGACGGAAUGCGCGAACGGGACGCCGUGCUGCGGACGUCCAUGCUGUCCGCGUACGCCCAGAGAGGGGAGCCAGACGCGGCGCUGCGGUUCUUUGGUGGCAUGGUGGCCGCGGGGAUGGAGCUGGACGCGGUGGUCAUGGUCAGCCUGCUGCUCGCGUGCGGGCAGCUCGGGUGGCGCCGUCAUGGGAGGAGUGUGCACGCCUGCUGCGUCCGGAGGUUCCUAGGGAUGCCUCUGUCGCUUGGGAACGCGCUUGUGGACAUGUAUGUCAAGUGCGGGGACUUCACGUUCGCUGAGAGGGUGUUUGCUGGGAUGCCUAGGCGGGAUGUUAUCUCGUGGAGUGCACUGAUCCUUGGUCAUGGUUUGAAUGGGCGUUCUGAUGUUGCAUUGGGUCUUUUCGAUAGAAUGGCAACUGAAGGAAUCCAACCAAAUUCGGUCACCUUUCUUGGGACAUUGUCAGCUUGUGCCCAUUCAGGCAUGGUGGACAGAGCAUACUCUAUCUUCGAGGGGAUGAAACGGUGGGGCAUCGAGCCUGAACUGAAGCAUUACUCUUGUAUGGCCGACACGCUUGGUAGAGCAGGGCGUGUCAUUGAGGCCGUGAAGUUGAUAGAGGAGAUGCCUUUUGAGCCUGACGAGGCAAUGCUUGGAGGUGUACUAGCAGCCUGUCGUGUGCAUGGAGAAAUGGAGGCUGCUGAACGGGUUGCAAAGAGAUUGAUGGACAUGUCUCCUGGGAAGAGUGGCUACUAUAUGAGCUUGGCAAACAUAUAUUCAGAUGUAGGAAGGUAUAGUGAUGCAGAGAGAAUAAGAGGCUUCAUGAAAGAAGUUAAAGUCAACAAGCUUCCUGGAUAUAGUUCAGUUGAAUUGGAUGUUGAUAGAUUUCAUGUAACAAGCAAUGGAGUUAGAAGCACUUAAAGCAGAUUCUACUCUCUGGUGCCCUGCCCACAAAUGGAUAGAGGUGCUUAGCGGAUAGAAAGAGUGAAUGAGAUGUACUGGCAACACAGCAUGAGCACAUGAUAGUUAUAGGCUUCAUAAUGUUGUCAGUUACUGUGUUGUGCUGUCAAAAUGUAAAAAAGCCACUUCUUGAGCUGAUAUGGACAACUUGAUAAAAAUAAAGCAUGAUGAUCAUAAAUUGAAAUCAUGCAAUUCUCCCAAAGUCGUUAAGGACGAAAAAGACAGUCCACUAUGUGUGGCUGGGGGUUAAAACAGCUUUUGAAACUGACACAUGAUGAUACCCAAGUUUGUUGACACAUGAGCAGAAAUAUUUGGUUAAGGUUGGUCCGGUAUUCACAAGAAGUGGAUUGGCAAUAUGGUGGUGGGUUCAUUUGCUAAUAAUUUAUUCUCCGUUACUAGUGUUCCUUGUUCUAUAGAACAGGAGAUGGGAAAAUGAUAGGCUAAUGUGGGCUGUACUGACGAUUUCAGUCUUGAUGCAGUGCUAAUGGAUAUUGUACUGGGUUUCAACUUUGUCGGUGUAUAAAGUUGUUGCAGUGAUU